CUUCCACAAUGUCAAACUUGUACAACUACCACAACUAUAUGGGAAGUAUAGUUUUAGUAUUGCUGAUUUUUUCAAGCAGUUGCGUGCUGUCAUCCGUAAAAUGUAUCUAUUGUCGAGGAGUAAACUGCCAAAGGAGCAGCUAUGAGGCGGAGGAACAGUGUUCAGAUAGCCUGGACGUCUGUGUCAGUGUUUUCCAGGCAGGCAUUAUCCUAUCCCAGGGAUGUCUGGAAAGUCUGGAAGAGGACUAUAGAACACAAUGUCAAGAAAACAGCAAGGACAGUGGAUUAGACUGUGAGGUCUGUGUUACUGACAAGUGCAACAACGUGGGAUCCAAGCAGGCAGGAUGUCUGCAGUGUAACAGUGACCAGGACGCCCAAUGUACUGAUCCAUCAGAGGCUCUACAAGCCGAACAAUGCUCUAUUGCCAGAACUGGCAGAAGCUUCUGCUACGCUAAAGUAGAGGCUAACAGGGUGGAGAGAGGUUGCUCCUUAACUCUUUCGGAUCAGGUUGAUUGUCUAACCAACAGAAAUUGUUAUUUGUGUGAUCCCUUGGAGGUGCCUCAUUGCAAUAAUCAGCUGAUUGAAGAAGACGAUUCUUCAACGAGCACCGAAAGCCCAAUUACCACCUCCUCAACUAGUUCUCCGGGAACAAGUUCACCAACAAUCUCUCCAAGCUCCACUACAACUUCUACAACAGAUUCUUCAAGCUCCACUACCACCUCUACCACAGAUUCUUCAAGCUCCACAACCACUUCUACAACGAAUUCGCCAACUAAUCCACCAACAAAUGCGCCAACUAAUCCUCCAACAAAUCCACCAACUAAUCCUCCGGAGAUUCCAACCACAACAGCCAAACCCAGUUCGGCUCACAAGUUUCACUUUUCGAUUUUGCUGAUCGCGGCCCAAUUGGCACUUUGCCUUUAUAUUCAUCAUAAAUAAGCCAAGAAGUCGCAUUGGUUUUUAGCUUUAAUUCCCACGACCUUCUCCAAAAAGGCUAAUCUAUGAUUGAGUAUUGUUUAACUAAUUUUUACGAUAGUCCAAUAAAUUGCUCGUCGCCAUCAA